UCUGAAUCUGAACAUUAUCAAAAUAUUGAAAAAAAAGUUAUAAUAUUUUCUUUCCGAUUUUGUAUGCCUAUUUCGUAUUAUUGUUAUUAUUGCACUGUUGUGCGUUUGAGCUUGUAAUCGUCUAUCUGUUCAUGUUUAAAUGAACGUUCCGCGAUCGUUGUGAGCGCAACAUAAAUAUUUGGUCAUGGACAAAUUACUGUACGUCGUCUCGGCGACGCAUUUGGUUCUCUGCCCGUUUACCAAAGUCGAAGAGAGUUUCAACAUGCAAGCAAUGCACGACAUUUUGUACUUGAAGAGUAAUUUAUCACAGUAUGAUCAUUUAGAAUUUCCUGGUGUUGUACCUAGGACAUUUUUGGGUCCUCUGUUCAUAUCGAUAUUGUCAUUUCCAUUUGCCUCUGUUUUUAAAUAUCUUCAGUUCAACAAAAUGUUCAGUCAAUUAUUAGUUCGUGCAAUAUUAGGUAUUGUAGUAGUUACAAGUAUCAAAUAUUUUAAUAAAAGUAUAUCAAAGGUAUUUGGAAAUGGUGUUGGAAAUUGGUUUAUAAUCUUAACAGCAUCACAGUAUCAUUUGAUGUUUUAUUCCAGUCGUCCACUCCCUAAUAUCAUGGCAUUUCCUUUAGUAAUGGUAGCAUUGAGUUCUUGGAUUAGAGGAAAACAUAUUUUAUUAAUAUGGAGUUCGGCGAUUGCUGUUUUAAUUUUCCGUUCAGAAUUAGUCAUUUAUCUAGGUAUUAUUAUACUUAUGGAAUUGUUGUAUAAGCGUCUUAAACUAUUCAGGGGAUUAAAACUUGGAUUUUUGGCGGCCAUAACUGUAUUGACUACAAGUAUUGUCAUAGACUCUAUAUUUUGGGGUCGCCUAGUAUGGCCUGAAGGAGAAGUUUUAUGGUUUAAUACAGUACUCAAUAAAAGCAGUGAAUGGGGUACUAAGCCAUUUUUAUGGUACUUUUAUUCAGCAAUACCACGAGGCGUUGCACUUUCUCUAUUGUUCAUACCCUUUGGUGCAUUGUAUGAUAUUCGAGUAAUGCGACUUCUUAUUCCAACAUUGAUGUUUGUACUGAUUUAUUCGAUACUACCACAUAAAGAGCUUCGGUUUAUUAUUUAUGUAUUUCCAGUAUUAAACGUAUCUACUGCUACCUUUUGCAAUAAAAUAUGGCAAACUAGAUUUAAACCAAAAGGAUUCAAAAAUAUACUUGCACUUAUAUUCUGUACUGGUCAUAUUAUUGGGAAUUUAGUUUUUACAGUAUUUUUAAUGAGUGCAUCAAAUAAAAAUUAUCCAGGAGGCCAUGCAAUGACAUUAUUGCAUACAUUUGAAAACAAUCAUUUAGAUGCUAAUUAUACAAUACAUAUUGGCAAUUAUGCAGCACAAACUGGAGUAACUCGUUUUACACAACUAAGUGCUCAUUGGACGUACAGUAAAAAAGAAAAUCUGGAACCUGGAUGUGAAGAGCUUAUGUCUUUCACACAUUUAAUUGUCGGAUCAAGUAGCCGAGAUAAUGAAGAAAUGCUGCAUUACAGAAAUACUCAUAAUGUCAUGUCUACAGUACAAGGAUUUUCACAUGUUUCAUUUAAUUAUAAUACUUUUCCUCCAUUAAAAAUCAAAACUAAAACACAGAUAUUUUUGUUGAAAAAAAAAUUUAUUAAAUCGGGUGUUAAGCAAAAUAUAAAGAAAAUUGUUGAAGAAUUCAAAAACGAACAAGAUUCAGAAAAAAAAAUUGAUUUAAAUUUAGAUUUAUUAGAUAAAAGUACUAAAAAAAAUAAGCAUAAACAAAAGUAAAUUUGAAUUCAGUUUUUAAUAAAACAAACUGUAAUGAACUUUAUACACCUAAUUUCCACGUUAGAAUAAUAAUAAUAAAGAAUAAAAAUUAAAAUUAAAAUGUCACUAAAGCUGUAACAAUUUUUUUUUAAUUUUUUUUUUUCUAAUGUGGAAGUAAUAUAUGUUUUUUCUAUGGGUUACAUUUGAAAGUACAUCCUUAGUAUAAUUUUAUAAUGGUCUUUAAGACAGAUUGAAAUAAAAUUACCUGUAUGUUUAUAAGCUAAAUGUAUAAUCAACAUUUAAUCUUCCUUAAUUUCUUGUCUAAUAUAUUUUAAUUUUUUUAAUUUAAAAUAGAUUCAGAUUUUAUUUAAGUUUAUAUAGAGUUGAAUUUAGCUUAUAAAUUAAUAAAAACAUAUUUAUUAAUGACUAUAAGCUAUUAUUGUUAAAUAUUCCACAUUACUUCUAUAUAUUAUACAUAACAUUGUACAUAAUACACAUAUUCAGUUACAUAAAUCACUGAAAGUAGGUAGGGGGUAUCCUAAAAUAAUUUUGUGGUGACUUACUUACAUAUUAUCUAUUGUGAUAAUUUUGUUUAACUUGAUUUAUCUGAGAAUAUUUUCAGGAAAAAAAAUAGAUUUUCAAUUAAUAGUCGACUAUAGUGGAUUGGAGCUGGCUGGUAAAUUUUUAGAUCCACCCUCCAUUGAAAUAAAAUGAUUUAUGACCCUGACUACUGCAUAUAUUAAAAUUAAAAAUUGUUCUUUAGUACAUUUUCAAAACUAGUAAUUGAAUGGUUCCCUUGUUAUUAUUGUAAUUAAUCAUUUUAG